GCGGGGAAGGAGGCGGGGCCUAAAGGAAAAAGGGCGGAGGGCCCGUGCAGCGCAGCGGGCGGAGCUGGAGGCGGGGCCUAAGGGCGGAGCCUGGGGCAGGUGGGACACUUGCAGUAACGCCGCGCGCGCUGGAGCCCCGAGGCUCGCAGAGGCUGCUGAGGCCCCCACAGGUGGCCCCUUCCUUCAGGUGAGGCGUCCUGGACCCUUUGGGCGUCUCUCUCUAGGUGACCCCCGAAGGGUUUCCUGAAACUCAACCAGGUGGCUCUGCAGUGGUGACAACAGAUGGAGUCCCACCCAUCCCUGGCCAAGCUGCUCCCAAGAUCAUGACGCCCUCAGAGUCAUCUUUGACUCACUGAACAAUCAGUUAUCAACUGCUCACUGUUUGCCAGAUACUGAGACGGCUCCUGGGCACACAGAAAAGAGCCAGGCCUGAUCUCAUCCCAGAGCUCAGCCUAGCGCAGGUCGCCUUUCCCAACUCAGCAGUACUGUGGUUGCCAAGGCUGCUCUUUAACAAUGCCUGUUCCUGGGUCUCACCGCAGAGAUGCUAAUUCACAAGGACCUGGGAGCCAUCUCCACUUCCUGGAAACUCCUGGCUUCAAGAUGCAACCCUACUUCCUAUGGGACAGUCAUGAGAAAUGUGUUCCUCCGGAUAAAGACAUGUAGCAAACACAAGCGGCCACUGCAAUUGCCGGUUUGGCAGGCUAGCAGAAGACCUGUUCGUUAUCCUUCCCAACACUGGGAACUUGCCUGGCUAGAAGGUGCUCUGGGAGAAUUUGAACCACCUGACCGGAAGGAAUGAGCCCUGCCUCGGUUGCGCAGUGGUGGCAGAGCAGGCUCUGGGCGCCUGCAAGGCUUCUGCCCGCUGCUCACGUGAUGAGCAGGAGCCCCGCCCACCGUGUCAGCCCGCCCCGCCCAGUCCCUCCCACGCCCCGCCUGGCGCGGAGCAGAGCAUCCUGGAGCAGCCAGAGCCCAGGGCAUCUCGGGGGCGGAGCAUCCUGAGUCUUGGAGCAUCCCAGGCCGCGAUUUGCAGCGGCUGCGGCGAGAUGAGGGUCUGGAGCUCGGAGCACGUGUUCCGACACCCAUGGGACACGGUUGUCAAGGCUGCCAUGAGGAAGUACCCAAAUCCGAUGAACCCCUGUGUCGUGGGCGUCGAUGUGCUAGAGCGCAGUGUGGACGCCCGGGGCCGGCUCCACAGCCACCGGCUCCUCAGCACCGAGUGGGGGCUGCCCGGCCUCGUGAAAGCGAUCUUGGGAACCAGUAGGACUUUGACAUACAUCAGAGAACGUUCAAUUGUGGACCCAGUGGGGAAGAAGAUGGAGCUCUGCUCCACCAAUGUAAGCAGUGGCCACGAUGAGCAAGGUGCCUGGUAUUUCUUGGUGAUGAUCACACUCACCAACUUGGUGUUGGUGAGCGAGAGGCUGGUGUACACACCCCACCCGGAGGACCCAGGAAUGACCGUGCUCACUCAGGAAGCCGUCAUUACUGUGAAGGGGAUCAGCCUCGGCAGCUAUCUGGAAAGUUUAAUGGCCAACACGAUAUCAUCCAAUGCAAAGAAGGGUCGCGAGGCCUUGGAGUGGGUGAUCGGCCACCUGAACUUGGAGCUGGAGGGCCUGGCAGCCCCUGCCUGCAGCAGGGCGUGAAGUACCACCGGCCCCUGGCCUUGCGCUUCCCCUCGCCCAGGACACGAGACACAGGCUGGGCAGCAAGUCAGCGGCCGGGGCUUGAUGUGCACGCUCUGCGCGUGUGUCAGAGGGGACAUUCGUGCUUACUGCCUGUGUGUCCAGGGACUUUGAGGAGAGGGACUCUGGAAAGGGGCCGAAUUUGCUACAUUUGGGCCAACUGGUUACCUUUUCUUUUUUUUUUUUUUUUUUUUUUUUUUUUUUUUUUUGGUGGAAAGGUUUUUUUGUUUAAGAAGUUAACCCUUUGAUAUUCCCUUCUCUAGUAACUAGAGUAUCAGUGAAAAAGGGAACAGCUUUCCCACACGCUGUAACCUUCCAACACUUGGAUGGAAAUACUUGUGGGCGUCGAGCUGCAGGUUUGCUAUGGUCAGGGACAGUUCUCGGGAAGAAUGAUCUGUCAGGGCAGCAGCGGGUUUUAAACAUUAGAGCCUGAGCUUGGCCUUGGAGCGUAUUAAUUCUGUAGGUUCCAGGCCCUCGGCCCUGGUAUCCUGCCAGGUCUGAUGUGGCCCAGGAGCUGCCCCGCCAACAAGCGCUGGGCCUGGGCCUCUGCCCUGGGCUCUGCGGCAAACCUGCCAGUACUCAAGUUUCCUGCUCUACAAACAUCACUUAAUUUGUUUGGCAGAUUUCAUGAGACCUUAGAUUUCAUCUUGGAGAUGGGUUUUUAAAUAUAUAACAAGUAACAUAAAGCAUCCCUAUAUCAUUUUAGUUUCUGAACAUGAAAUGAGAUGCAUUUUUCUUUAUGUUUUAACUGAACCAACCAUUUUAGCUCUUUUUAGAGAAAUGAGUAUUAGGAGAAACUAGUUAUUUUGAUAAUGUCCUAUUACUUGCCUAAGGCUUUUUUUUUUUUUUUUUUUCCAAAAGCAUAGAAAUAAAUCCAGAAUUCUGUCUUUCCUCUGUUUCCUCCUUUAUAUCUCUGUUACAGUGUCCCUUAAGUCUGGUGGAAAUCAAAGUUGAAUGCACUAGUUACUGUGUCACCUCUGCAGAUAAACCAGAAGUUACUGGGCUGAUGCUCAAGGGAAACCUAGAGUGCUGAAUACUCUUUGAAGACACUUCUGCCCAUUUGGCAUUAGAACCAAGUGUCUCUGUCUGAUUUGUGCCAGUGGCUUCUGGCUUCUCAAAAGUGAGUGACUUUGCUCCAGCACUUCCGUCCUUGUGGUGAGGAAGGGGGUGCCAUGUGCUGGGAGUCUGCGGUGAAUUCCCCUUUCUUCCCUGGCAGAUCUCUUACAGCAAGGCCUUAGGGAAUGUCCUUGUACUAAGAACAGACAGCUCCGCCUUCAGGAAUGUCUGUGUGCUGAGAACAGAUUUUCACAGGCCCUCUUACAGCUUCAGUAUCCACAGGAGAGUCAGGGGACUUUGGCGGCUGGGGGAGAGCUUUGUGAACCUGCUGUGGGUUUAUGGAGUGUGUGGUGAGCCCAGGCUUACCCUGUGAGCCCUAAGUUUUGUUCCUACGUUCCCAUGUGUACAGUGUGGAUGCUGGAACCUGCCUGAUGGGAUCCAGGCAGAGAGUGGGCAUGAAGACCUCCGUGCAGCCUCACAGCUCCUGGCCACAGUGCUCUCACCAGGGUGCUGGCCCAUCGCUGCACCACAGAGACCCUGCGGGGACUACUGGUGCGGCUGGUACUGGGGAUACUGGCCUCACUGGUGGAACAUAAUAUUUUGGUGACAGUAUGUUUUUUUUUUAAAAAACUUUUAUAAUUACUAGUACGAGUUAACACCAGUGAAAGGGGCAGGCUCCCUGUGACCCUCCCCUCACCUGGCCUUUAUGAAUCCUUGUCCGAGGAGUUCCCGUCGUGGCGCAGUGGUUAACGAAUCUGACUAGGAACCAUGAGGUUGCAGGUUCGAUCCCUGGCCUUGCUCAGUGGGUCAGAAUCUGGCAUUGCUGUGAGCUGUGGUAUAGGUUGCAGACGCGGCUUGGAUCUGGCGUCGCUGUGGCUCUGGUGUAGGCUGGCGGCUACAGUUCGAUUAGACCCCUAGCCUGGGAACCUCCAUAUGCCGCAGGAGCGGUCCUAGAAAAGUCAAAAAGACAAAAAAAAAAAAAAAAAAAAAAAAAAAAAAAAGAAAAGAAAAGAGUCCUUGUCCGAAAGCCACCAGGGAGUUUGGGUCUUUUGGUCAUGAGCUGCCAGAUCUCCUUGCUUGGCCCCACGCUGGGUGUCCUGUAGUAAAGGCUGCAUUUUCCUUCACCACCACCUGGGGGCAGCAGAUUGGCCUUGCUGUGCAUCAGGGGAGCAAAACUGGGUAACAGUUUUGGUGACCCAUUUGGAGCAGGUAUCUAGCUUGUGGCAACCCAUGGAUCUGGUCUGGCAGCUGCCUGAGCACUUUGGCCUCAGGGACAGCCUCGAGUGCUGGCUACUGACCUGACAUGGCUGGCCUGUGGCAUUUCUGAUUCCAUGGUGAAGGAGCAAGACUCUGGUCCUGGUUUGGUCUGGUUGGCAUCUCUGGUAAGUGGUGGAAUCCCCCUUCGACCACACCAGGGAACUCUCCCUACUGGUUUAUUGACUGGAACUUCCCUUUUCGGAGGGAAAGAUGUCAAACUUUGUCAUCUCUUUUUAAGUGGAAUGCCACUUUGAUUGUCUUUGCCUUUUGGCCAACCAGUACUGCCUGAGUGACAACUAGAAAACUCCCUGUUAGACCAAGGCUUAUCUGCACCCCUGUCUGCAACGGCAGAUGAGAAACUUUCCAGGAGCUCUGGCUGUGGCACAGCAGGUUAAGGGUCCGGUGUUGUCCCUGUGGCAGUGUGGGUUUGAUUCUCGGCCCAGCACAGUGGGUUAAGGAUCCAGUGUUGCCACAGCUGUGGAGUAGGUUGCAGCUGCAGCUUGGAUUCAGUCCCUGGCCUGGGAACUUCCAUAUGCCAUGGGUGCAGUCUUUAAAAAAACAAACACUUUGCAAUCUAGUGCUUGGGAACUAUGACCCUGAGAGGCCACCAGGUAAUGACCUGCCUUGGUCUGGUCUGUCUCUGGUGAUCUUGGCCAGAGAAGAGAAAAACGUGAAAUCAGAGCUCUGUUCCAUCUUAUGGUCCCCUGGGGAGGCGUAUUUUACAAAACUGGGAGAUUUUUAGGCCCCUAUAAAGAGAAAGAUGAUUUUUUGGACUCUGUGUGGCCAAAAUAUUCUUUAGACUCUGGUGAAAGAUCCCAAAACUUGUUAUUUUUUGCUCAGUUGGAGAAAACUAGUUUGAUAGAUUUUUUUUUUUUUCUCAAAAUUUUGACCCUGAGAGGAAGCUCAAAUUAUAACUCUUACCAUGUCCUUGGAAUGCAAACACAACUCACACUGCCUGAGGCUAUAGCCUGAGGGUUAAGUGGUAGAACCUGAAACUGGAAAACAAGAAGAGGGGGAAGAGGCUUUGUAAAGGAAACCUAUUCCAAUGUUAUUUGUAAACCUAAUGAAUUUUAUAUUACAAUGUCUGAUUCAUCACUAAGUUUUAAAAUAAAUCUGAGAUCUCUGCUUCUGUCUUCAUAUAAAAAUGGAUUAAUGA